AUGAAGAAGUUCUGUGUGAUUGUUUUAUUUCUUGGCAUUUCUUCGCGAACGGUUCAAGAGAUAGUUUCCAAAUCAGAAGGAUGUUUUUAUCGAUGCACAGCUCAAUGCAUUGCGUCUUCCAAAAAGGUAUGAGUUUCACGCUUAUGGUAUCAUUAUUAGAAAUUAUUGGACAUUAUUAGACACAAGCCUGCCCCCCGGCUACGCCGGGUUUCUGGCUUGGCAACGGGAAUCGCUGCGCAAUGCAAAAAAGGCUCUUGUGUUUUAUAUAUAAUAAAUAUUAUUGAACACAAGACUUCGAACUUGGGCCCGCUGCGCGGUCCGAGAUAACGGUAGGAUGCUUCUCAAAACCGUUCGAAAGUUCUCGUGUUCAUUUCUCUCAUUUCUCCGUUACAACUUUUUCAGUUUUAUAAAUUGCAAAAGACAGUCAAAAAAAUGGAAAAAAAAUUGCACGUAUUGCGUUUUUUUUAAAUUAAUUUUUUGACAUCGCUGAACAACCCCAUAAAUAAGAAUGAUGAUAAGAAUGAUUGUUAGAUGUGAUCUAGUUUUAAUAAUAUCGCAAUCCAUUUACCAAAGUAGGCUGAAGUUUUGACCAAGGUUACUGUAGUUGCCAAAAACAGUAAGAAUUCUCUCCUUUAUGGAAAUAGGUUUAGCAUUCGUGAUCUAGGAGACCGUGGCGGCGUUUCUAGAUUCUUACGUUUCUGUUAAAGAGAGAUGAACAACUCACGCAGCAAUCAAUGGAAGAAUGCACUCCACAAUGUGAAAAGUUCAGGGAUGAGAGUUUAUGUGUGAGUAAUGAGAAUCGAUUACCAAUUCGUCAAUAACUUUUUUUUAAAGUCGGACAAUCUCUGUUGGAGUACGUGCAAUAACCAAUUGAAACCCGAAAAAACGCUGCUUGCUCCGUUAAAUUUAACUAUUGUCGGUGUGCGUGGAUUCUCGUGGAAUCCAGUCUCAAAAGCAGUAAUGUACUAUGUUCGAUACAAAGCUGGUAGUACUAAGAAGUUUACAAGCAACAGCUUUUUGGUUGGUUUUUCUUAAGAUCCAGGUUUAUUGUCAAUUAAUAUAGGUUACGGAAGACCACAAAAUCGAUUUGAGUACAUUAGCAAAUAUGGAUCCUUGUGUUGAGCUGGAAGUUGAUGUUGCUGCUUUUUCGGAAGAUGGAAUCGGCAAUGAAAGCAAGGAACUCAAAAUUCCCAGUCCCAAACCGACAGCGAAUCCAAAACUGGAUUUGCUAGGAAUGCAGUAUUUGGUUCGACUUAAGUGCUACAGGUAUCAAAUUAAUCUAUUUCUUUCAGAAUACUUCACUUGUAAGUGACUUCUACACAGCAAAUGCGACAGUACACGUGGAGUUUCGUUACUCAGCUGAUCGUGAGCCCAAAAAACGCAUACAGUACCGGUCAUCCACUAAUUUCAGCUUGGUUUCUCGACGAGUCAGAUCUUGACGUACAACCAUUGUUCCAUUUGAUUUCUUGCGUUGAUCCGGAUCUCAGCCAAGGAAUUCCUGUUCCCGAUUUCGUAAGGCAUUACCUUUUUCUUACUAAACGAAUAGUGGUUUUGGGUGACUGUACAAGCUUUUUAUGAAUAACUUUAUGAGCCCCCGACCGAUCUGUCCCGUACUUGGCAUAUCGUCAUGCCUCUCGGAGCGCUUCACAAAAGUUCUUUUUAAGUCUAGGGUUACCGUAGGAUUACUAUGGAUACAAUACUCCUAUUUUUGCACAUUUUUUCAGAAUUGUUGGAUUGAGAUCAGACUUUCAUGGUAACACAAGACUUUUUGAAACAGGUCCCGCUGCUCGGAAGCGGCUUCGCCGCUUGUUUGCUUCUCGUUACCGUUCGAAAAUUCACGUCUUAAUUUCUUAAUUUCUCCGAAACAACUUUUGGUUUUGGAAGUGAAAACGUGUGCGUACAAAAAAAGAAAGAAAGAAAGAAAAAAUGGACAGACUCCGUUACGCCGCGUCCAAAGUUUAAAGUUUUUUUUAAAAGAAAUCCCAGCAAAAUCCGCGUGAUUUCUGGGUUUUUUUUAACUUUGGACCUAGCUUUUUUUUAAAUAAGAAUGAUGAUGAGAAUGAAUUCUCUUUUCAGAUUGUGAAUGCUCGAAAUAAAACUAUAUCAACGUCAAUCGGAUCAGAUAUGAUGGAAAGGAAGUGUCGCUAUGUGUAUUAUCUACAAGUUUUUGAACAUUGACAUUUCCAAAACCAAACAAAACUUUUCCAGAGCAUCAGUAGUAAGAAGUGUGGGACAGUAACAGAAAUGCCUUCUCCGCCGUCUUCUGCCCUUCAGACGAUACAAGUUGGUAUGUUAAAUUCUCUGUUAUCUGCGAAUAUUAUUCAAGUUCAGAAUGUGAUAUUGUCGAAGAUGCUCCGUGUUUCAAAGUGCCUUCGUAUCCGCAUCCACAAUGCGGCCAAGUGGAUAACGUAAAUGCAGUGGUGUUGGUCAGUCUAUAACAUAUGUUGGACAUUUGAAGUCUCACAAUUAUAGGAAAAGGAUCGUGAGAAUCUCAAUGACCCUUCUGUGAAUCUGACAUUGAAUGUUACAUUCAAUCCUGUUGCAAGAAACAACGAAUUGCCUACACUUUACUAUAUCGCAAUCUAUGGCGACGCUACGGAAUAUCGUACUAAAGAAGAAGAAGCGUUUCUUGGUGUUAACAUCACCAAAGUUCUCGGAAAAGAGUCUAGUUGCCAACAAUUUGAUGUACUUGGAAAUUGCUAUGUAAGGGUUCCUGGUCUUUUCAAAUCUCGGUUCGAGAUUAUGUGUCUGUCUUAAGGGCAUCUCACAGAUAAGGAGCUCUGUUCGCAAUCGGGCCGAAUUUCUCGGCCGCGAAGUAAUUUUCCACUGAAAACGUGCCUUAACUUUUUACACUCGGCCCCGAGGUCGCUCAAUUUGCACUGCAAAAAGAGUUUCUCAACAGAGCGCCAUUUCUGUGCAGUGCCCCUAUAAUACACUGUCCGAAAUCCUAACCUUCAGAAAUGUAUCUAAACGGUAAAGCGCACAGUCAAAGUUGUGGUUAGGGCCUAGAAAAUCGACCAUGUGAUAUAUUCCGGAUUUUUCGUUCGGCACAGUCUUUACACAUUGCCAAACAAUCACACAAAUCAGCAGCCAUUAAUAGUGAAAAAAAGAGUUUUUAAACCCGAAUUUUCUAGGCCACGGCCACAACUUUGGCAGUGCGCUGUUCUUUUCAUAGGCAUUUCUGAGAGUUGAGAUUCGGACAGUGUAGUGUAUGUGGACAGACACAAAAAAUUUCCGGGUCGGUGAAAAUUGUCCUAUGACCCCACGGGCUAGCAAAAUUCAGCAAAACCUACAGGGGACAGAAAAUUGUGAAGCUAUAACUUAUAAAAGAAACCUUACAUUUACCUCUAACCGGGCUUGUUUUGAAGAACACAAUACAACUGAACUUUCAUCAAAAAGCAGAAAUCUCUAUGUAUGUUCGCUUUUUGGAGAUAAAUUGAAAAGAUAGUCGCAUGUAUGAAAAGCCGGGCCGUGGACCCGGCCAUGCCCGUGAAUCACUAUGGAUUUUCAAAACUUCCGAUCAUCACUUGUUGUUUCAGGUGGAAAAUGCAAAUAGAUCUAUUGUCAUACCAGGAAUACAUCCGAAAAGUUUAUACGGUAUAACUAUAUGUGCCAUAAAAAGUAUUCUGAACGUAACACUUCCGGACAUGUCAGCGACAUCAAUGUCGACAAAACCGAAAGCCGUUAAAAUGAUUAUUUUGAGCUACCGUAAGUGCAGACUUCGAUUUAGUACAUGUUUUUGUGUGUCUUACAGAGCAUGAUGCUUACUCGCCUGUACCUUAUCAAAUUUUAAUCCAACACUCGAGAACUUUUUUUACUAACGAAUCCGACGAUGAUAAGGAGAAGAAGCGAGCGAGUGGAUUCAAUCUAACAACUGAUUCUACUAACACUACUGAUAUCCUUUUUUCGGGUCCUUAUAGUAUUAAUGCUUCUACUAACGAAUCAACACUGGAAUGGGAAACCGAUUCGGAGUGCACUUAUUGCAACAACACAAAUGAGAACGUCACAAGCCAAUCUGUGAUCACACUAACACUGAUUUCUACAACCCGUUGGUAUAACUUUACUUCCAGUGACAAAUCAAAUAGACAGUAGCUUGUUCUGGAAAAGUCUUUUUCAGAAUCGUCGAGCUCAGUUGGAUGGAUAAUAGGAGCUGUUGCAGCUGUUAUUAUUGUCAUUCUUGCAGUUAUUUUUGGAUGCUGCUACUAUUAUCGAUUGCAUAAGAGAAGACAGAAUAAAAAGUAUGCAUUGAGAAUAGAAAAGGAGAAUAGGAACAGGUAUACGGAUUGUCCUAUUGUUCAGAGGUGAGCAGACAUAAUUUUUUAGUAAUUUCUUUACUUAAUUCCAGAAACGAUAUAUGGGAAAUCGAACGCAGGAACUUAAUAAUUCAUAAUGACAAAAAGUUAGGAUCCGGGGCUUUCGGUUCGGUCUAUUUUGGUACUGUAACCUGAUAUCACUCAAAAUAUGUUCGACUGCUUUCAGGAAAACUGAUAGGAAAGUCGCUGGCUCAUAGGGAUGCCAACUCUCCGUUAGGGAUCAAUUUGAUGAGAGCAGAGAAUUGUCAAGUAGCAGUGAAAAUGCUACCCGAGUAUGCUGACGAGUUGUCAAAACACGAGUUUCUACGAGAGAUUGCCUUGAUGAAAACUUUAGGCUAUCACGAAAGGUGACUGAUGCAAACGCUCCCCAUCGAACAUCACAGCGCAUGUGGCCUUACUUCCAGCCGAUUACAAAAUGCUAUUUUAUUAAUCAAAAAUUAAUACAACAUACCAGAGUUGAGCGGAAAUAGACUUUUGAAGUCCGGAAGACGGGAAACGGAAAAUGUUUUUACGAAACACGGAAGACGGAAAACAGAAGAUGGAAUAAACAAUGUUUUCCUGAAGAUGAAAGACGGUAGACAAAAUUUCUCUGGCAAUUCGAUAUUAAUCUAAUUGGAAAGUUACGAUCUAAUCUCAACCUAACUAUUACUCUGGGAACUCGAUCGCAAUCUAAUUAGAAAACUUCGCAAUCUAAUACGAACUCGUUUGGAAUAGAAUUUGCUUCAAUUAGAUUGCAAAAUCUUCUAAUUAGAUUGCAAUCACUGAAAUUUUUCUAAUUAGAUUGCAAUGUUUUCUAAUUAGAUUGCAAUUUUUUCUUAUUAGAUUGCAAUUCAGGAAAAAUAUAUUGUAAUCUAAUACGAUUUUACUGGAACUUCAAUUAAAUCUGAUUAGAUUGCGAAAUAGAGCUUUUUCUUAUUAGAUUGCAAACUCUUCUAAUUAGAUUGCAAUCGAGUUUCCAGAGUAUAGGGGCACCGGUCAGAAAGGGCGCUCUGUUCGCAAUCUCGGCGAAUUUCUAGGCCGCGAAGUAUUUUUCCACUGAAAACGUGGCCUAACUUUUCAAACUCGGCCCCGAGGUCGCUCAAUUUGUACUGCAAAAAAAGUUGCUCAACAGAGCGCCAUUUCUGUGCGGUACCCCUAUAAUAGAUUAGGCCGAGAUUUGAGCCAGCAAAGGUUUGGCGUGAAAAUUGACUUGAGCACUUAUUAAUCUAGCUAGAAGAUUUAUUAACCUAGCUAAAAAAUUUAUUAAUCUAAUUAGAUGUCAUAUUAAUCUAAUUAGGCCGCCGUUCAACUCGAGUAGACUACGAUUAGAUUAAUAUCAAAAUGCCAGAGUUCCGUCUUUGCAGAACCGUUUUUUUCCGGUUUUUUGGAAAAAAAAAACUAAAGCAACAAAAAUUUUGGAUCUGGGUGCCUGCCCGUGGAAAUUCGCGUAAUUUACAUUUUCUUUGGGCAUUUCAGCAGAAAACUCCAUCGGAUACUAGGCCACGGUUGUCAAAAUGCUACUUUUUCGAAGACGGCAUGUGAUUAUUGAACUAAGAACAUGCCGUUUAAAAAUUUUUCAUUUAAAAAUUAAAUUUCCAGACUUGUGAACAUGAUUGCAUGUAUCACUGAUUCCGAACCAUUAUGUCUUGUUGUCGAGUACUGUCAAGACGGCGAUCUUCUUCAAUUUCUACGAGAAAGGUGUAAAUAUAUGAUGAAAUUGGAUGAAUUGGCAAUAAACUAUCACGAUGCACCAACUGACGAGAGUUAUGAUCCAAGCAUGAUAGUCACUUUGAAGCAACUUUUACAAUUUGCAGUUCAAAUAAGUUUUGGACUGGUAUGUUUCUAUCUCUACCUCGGAAACAUUAUUAGUAUUUCUUCUACAGGAAUAUCUCUCACAGAAAGGAUUUGUUCAUCGCGACGUAGCUGCGCGAAAUGUUUUGGUUCACGAAGGAACCACUUGUAAAAUUGGAGAUUUCGGUCUGUGUCGGUACAUUUAUGCGGAUCAGUCACAAUAUAAGAGCAAGGUAGGUUAAGUUAAUUCAUGUUUUAGCGCCUCAAAAUCUGACAAUGUCGCUCUACCGCAAUCUCAUGUGACGCCCCGGCUGUGGCCGAAUUCACGUGGAGAGCGGUAAAGCGCAAUUGUCACACAUCUGCGGCUACUAAAUUUAUUUUGUUUGACUAAUACUUAUGGCCGAAAGAUACUCUGUAAAUACUGUAAUACUUUGAUAAAUCGCUUAUGAUUUGUAGGGUGGCAAGUUACCGCUGAAAUGGAUGUCUCCGGAGGCGAUUAGAAACUACGAGUUUUCCAUAAAAAGUGAUGUUUGGUCGUUUGGAAUUCUUCUCUUUGAAAUCAUCACUCUUGGUGGUGCUCCAUAUCCAGGACUGCCUCCAGAAGAUGUACUUCCGUAUUUGGAGAACCACGGCAGGAUAGAAAAACCGGAUAAUUGUCCUGAAAAUUUGUAAGACAUUAUUUGUCCGUCUUGACCUUAUUCUCUACACUUUUCAGCUACGAUGUGAUGAGUCGGUGCUGGAGUGCGGAUCCGGACCAAAGAAUCGAGUUUUCCGAAGUUCGAAUGCUAUUAGCGACCCAGCUGGAGGAUAUCACAGAGGACUACAGCUAUUUGAAACUGGAUGCCGCAAAAGAUUAUUAUAAUUUUCAAAACAGUAACGAAAAAUUGGUGAGUACUGUAGGCUUUAUGUGGAAAAAAGUUUAUCUUAAGCGUUCAGAAGUCCGACAAAACAUUACUUAUGGAGGAUUCCAUCGAGUCUCCUGAUAUUAUGAACAUUCUGCCACAAACGAUGCCUAUGGAAACUGAAGUGGCGUGA